GAUGGUCGCAGACGUAGGAGAAGAGAAGUUCCAAAAGUACCGGACAAUGGCAGAGGUGGUGGAGGAGCUAAAAACAACGGCGGACAUAGGCUUCCCUACAGCGGCCAUGAGCCUCGUGAACUAUCUCCGAAACAUGGUGAUGGUCGUGUGCAUGGGGAGAAUGGGAAGCCUCGAGCUCGCCGGCGGCGCAUUAGCGGUCGGCUUCACGAACAUCACCGGCUACUCGGUCCUCUCGGGCCUCGCGAUGGGCAUGGAGCCCCUCUGCAGCCAGGCCUUCGGCUCACAAAACUACGCCGUGGCAUUCCUCACCCUCCAGAGAACAGUCUUAAUCCUACUCUUCGCCUCCUUCCCUAUCGCUUUGCUUUGGUUCAACCUAGAGCCUUUGAUGCUAAUUCUCCGCCAAAACCAAGACAUAACAAGAAUAGCAAGCUUGUAUUGCAGAUUCGCCAUCCCGGAUCUUGUAGCUAACAGCCUUCUCCCCCCGCUGCGCAUUUUUCUCCGUAGCAAGGGCACAACUUGGCCUCUAAUGUGGUCCAAUUUACUAGCCAUGUUUUUCCACAUUCCAAUCACCAUUUUCUUGACCUUCAAACUCUCCCUUGGCGUCCAAGGAAUCGCCAUCUCAACUUUCCUCACAAAUUUCAUCACCCUCUUCUUUCUUUUAUUUUACCUCUACUUUAGUAGUUAUACCCCUAAGGAGCAGGAGGAUUAUUCUUGUAACAACAACAAUAAUUGGAUGAUCAAUACGCCAUUUUUUCCCAAGUCGUGGCCUAACAUUUUUUUGACCACCGCAACAAUAUGGGAAAAUUGGGGGGUUCUAAUUAGAUUAGCAAUACAGAGUUGUUUGGCCGUUUGUUUAGAGUGGUGGUGGUAUGAAUUCAUGACCAUUCUCGCCGGUUAUCUUCCUAAUCCCAAGGUUGCCCUAGCGACGUCAGCCAUUGUUAUACAAACCACGGCUCUCAUGUACACCUUGCCAUUCUCACUAAGUGCUUCUGUCUCGACCCGAAUAGGCAACGAGCUCGGCGCGGGCCGGCCCAACAAGGCUCGCCUUGCCGCCAUAGUGGCAGUAGGGUUAGCCCUAAUUACUUCACUAGUAGGGUUGUUGUGGACCACCCUAGGGAGAAAGCCUUGGGGGAGGGUUUUUACCCAAGAUCACGAGGUUUUGGAGCUGACUACGCUGGUUUUGCCCAUAAUUGGGGUUUGCGAGCUCGCGAAUUGCCCGCAGACGACGAGCUGCGGGAUUCUCCGAGGCACUGCUAGGCCCGGCAUAGGGGCCGCCAUUAACUUCUACGCUUUUUACCUCGUCGGAGCUCCGGUGGCUGUUGUUCUGGGGUUUGUCUGGAAACUAGGUUUUGUGGGGCUAUGUUAUGGUCUUCUCGCGGCUCAGAUCGCCUGCGUCGUGUCCAUACUAACUGUGGUGUACAAGACGGACUGGGAAAGAGAAUCGGCCAAGGCUAAAGAGUUGGUGGCAAGAGGACGUGAUCAUCAUGAUCAUCAUGUAUUUGACCAUGCAGACCAUAAGAAAGUGCUUAAAUGUUGUGAAGAGGGUGUCGCAUUUCUGAUCGACGAAAAUUAA